ACAUUUUCUGCUGACUCAUUCUGAAUUACGAUUAGUGGCAGGCUAUCACACACAUAGGACCACCUUCUUACUGCUCAUGAACUCCACCCCCCCCCGUUCGCUGACUUGUGAACAGAAGUCCCCCUCCUCUGUGGGGGCACUGUGCAUGCAAGAACAGUCUGAUCCUGCCAGAACCGCCGCAGAACAGCCAGCAUGAUCCCUUCAGUUACUCUCAACAAUGGAGCUAAGAUGCCUAUAGUGGGUCUGGGAACAUGGAGGUCAGACCCAGGAAAGGUCUGUGAGGCCGUAAAGGCGGCGAUAGAUGCCGGCUACAGGCACAUCGAUGGUGCUUAUGUCUACCAGAAUGAAGGAGAAGUUGGGGAAGGAAUUCGCGCCAUGAUUGACAAAGGAGUGGUGAAGAGGGAGGAUCUGUUCAUCGUCAGUAAGUUGUGGUGCACCUUCCACAUCCCCUCUCUGGUGAGGAAGGCCUGUGAGAACACGCUCUCUGACCUGAAGCUGGACUACCUGGACCUUUACCUCAUGCAUUUCCCUAUGGGAGCUAAGCCUGGGGAGGAUGUUUUCCCCCUUGAUGCCAAUAACCAGCUCAUUCCUGAUGGCAGCGACUUCUUGGAAACCUGGGAGGCCAUGGAGAAGCUGGUGGACGCUGGGCUGGUGAAGGCUAUCGGCAUCUCCAACUUCAACAAAGACCAGAUUGAAUCCCUCCUCAACAAGCCAGGCCUCAAACACAAGCCUGCCAACCACCAGAUUGAGAGCCACCCGUACCUGCCCCAAGAGAAGCUGAUCAACUACUGCAAAUCAAAGGGGAUCUCAGUGACCGCCUACAGCCCCCUGGGCUCCCCCGACAGACCCUGGGUUUCAUCUGAUGAUCCCUCUCUGCUGGACGAGCCUCGAAUCAAGGAAAUCGCGAAAAAGCACAACAAGACUCCAGCACAGAUUCUCAUCCGGUUCAGCAUCGAGAGGAACGUGGUUGUUGUCCCUAAGUCAGUAACGCCUCAUCGGAUCAAGGAGAACUUCCAGCUGUUUGACUUCCAGUUGAGUGAUGAAGACAUGAAGACCAUGAUGAGCUUCAAAGAGAGUCGAGCAUUCCAACUAAAAUGGGCGACAGAACACAAAGACUUCCCCCUGAAUACAGAAUACUAGACACCGUGCUGCACCGCUGAGCUAUCUGUUGGUGUAAAAUCUACGCCCCGCGCUGACUCAUCACCAUUCUUAAACAUAACAGCUUUGAGGAUUCAUUUGACAUAUGAUUAAUCCCUUACUAUGUAUACAUGCCAUAACCUUUGGGUCGGAUACCCGGAUCAAUAUCAAUGCUGUGCAGAGGGGAAAGAAGUACUCGGAGUAAAGGUUGUGAUAUACCUGUGUAUAAAUACCCUGUCCUGCAUUUAAAAUGUUCCUCAAGUAGAAACUAUUAUUAUAUAUCGUGCACAAUGGACCAUCUCAGAAUAACGCUUUAUAGGAAUAUAACUCCAUACUCAACUGUGAUGUUGCAGCUUGUAAAGAAGCUUUCACUAACGGAUCAAUGAAGCAUAAUAACUUGUUUAUUGUAUUUUAAAUCUGAAUCUUUAAAUAAAUAAAGUUCUUAAAACAC